AUGGCAUUAGAAGAUCGAGAAGAAAGAAUGCCUGAAUCCACAAGCCAUUCAGAGCCAAGCACGUCUAACGCGAGAAAACCUGCGGUGCCCCUGAACCCACCAUUCGCUAGACGCUUGAUGAAGAAGAAUGAUGAACAACAAUUUAAGCGUUUUCUUGAACUCCUGAGGCAACUGAACAUCAAUAUUCCACUUGUAGAAGCCUUGGAGCAAAUGCCAAAAUAUGUCAAAUUUUUUAACGAUAUUUUGAGAAAGAAAAGGAGAGUCAGCGAGACGGAGGUAAUUGCGCUAAUGCAGGAAUGCAAUGCGUUAGUAAGCAACAGACUACCCAAGAAACAGAAGGACCUGGGAAGCUUCACGGUCUCGUGCUCGAUCGGUGGGUUGGAUGUGGGAUAUGCAUUGUGCGAUUUAGGAGCAAGCAUUAACCUCAUUGGUGAAGCACAACCCACUGCUGUUACUCUUCAACUCGCUGACAGGACGAUCAAGUACCCUGAAGGAAAGAUUGAAGAUGUUCUGGUAAAAGUUGACGACAACUUCAUAUUCCCAGCAGAUUUCAUCAUCUUUGACUAUGAAGCAGACAAGGAUAUAUCAUUCUUGAACACCCUUUUCUAG